ACGCUUUUUACCAAUUGUGUCAAGUCACCUCAAGCCGUGAGUCGGGAACCUACUCCGCAAGUUUCUACGCAUCCCGUCACAGAUAUCCGCGUUCAAGAGUGUGUCUUCAGUGAGAUUUAGCCCAGCUGCUUGCAUGCAGGGAAUGACGACUCAUUUCAAGACAAGCAAAGCUUUAAAGGUCAAGAAGGAGGUGGGCGAAAAUGCCCCAGCGCUCAGUGACGACGAGCUGGUGGCCAUGUCGGUGCGGGAGCUCAACCAGCACCUGCGCGGCCUGACCAAGGAGGACGUGGUGCGGUUGAAGCAGCGGCGACGGACCCUGAAGAACCGGGGCUACGCCGCCAGCUGCCGCAUCAAGCGCGUCACCCAGAAGGAGGAGCUGGAGAGGCAGAAGACGGAGCUGCAGCAGGAGGUGGACAAGCUCGCCCGCGAGAACGCCAGCAUGAGACUGGAGCUGGAUGCCCUGCGAGCCAAGUACGAGGCGCUGCAGUGUUUCGCCCGGACUGUGACCCGCGGGCCCCUGUCCCCGGGCAAGGUGGCCACCACCAGUGUCAUCACUAUCGUCAAGUCCGCCAACCACAACUCCAGCCCGAGCCCUUUCUCAGCUCCCUCCUAGUGCUGACAGGGCUGGGCUCUCCGUAUCCCGCCUGGUCCGUAUACCGGUUGUGACCCAGCCUGAACCCGCCUGCCCCGUGCUGAGAGGAAGCUCAGUAAUUAGACUGAGGGAUGGAGCGGGAUGGCAAGCUCUAUGUGAUGUUAUGCUGCAUUCACUACUCUCUCUCUCCCUCUCCUUCUUUUCUCUUUUACACAAUCUACAUUGUCUGUGCACUGUGCAACCCCACCCCUCCUCACCCCUGACCCCCCCAGCACCGGCAGGGCAUUGGGCCUCUCUGACCCUACCUCCAUGACUGAUAGCAGAGAUUUGCUUUUACUCCAGUGUGAAAGAGUAUAUUACAUGCCCUGCUGCGGCACCACUGACCCGAGACAGCUCUGAUACUUUAUGCUGGUUUCAGAGAUUAACUAGUACCUAUGUGACAGUAAAGCUAUUUGUAAAGCCUAUGCCAAAACGUUAUUUCCAGUCUGUGGAAGCACAUAAUUUCCAGUGUCUCAAUAUAAAUUGAACCAUUGGAGGUGUUGCCUUAAUAGGAUCUAUGAGUGAUCUAUUAUUCAGUAUUCACAUGCAGUUUAUUUAACACAUUAAGGAAGUAUUUUUCCAGUUUUGAGGUUGGGUUGAAAUCUCACAGACACUAUGCAGUUGGUAAUUGACCAAUGUUUAGCUAAAGGGCUCCACUGGUGAUACACUCUAAUACCUGUUUUCCUGGUAGUGCAGUAAAGAUUUAGACUUUCAGUGGUCAGUUGUGCCAGAUAGUUUGUUUAGCAAUUAUAAAGUAAUACUACAGAGAAAGGGAGUCAUUAUACACCAGGUAAGGGCUUGCAUUCAUCAGCUGAUUCUGGUUAAUUGCGUAGUUUUGCUGUUACACUGCAGAACUGUUCAGUAAAAUUCAGCUCCAUGAUGGACUGGUGUAUGCAAGCCUUUACUGGGCCAUAUGGACUCCCCUUUAUAUAUAAUAUUCAAUAGAGAUUUUUUUUCAGAGGCCUAUCUGAUGCUUCAUAACCUUGCUGUCCUUUCAGUUCAUCCUUGAAGCUCUUGUGCAAGUGUUUUGGUUGAGAAAUUGUUUCAUGUUUAUCAGCAUAAUAUCAGCAACGUUAAUGCAAAUCAAGGGGGCUGAAAACUGUUUCUCUCUUCAAAAAAUUCAAGCCCUUCUUGCACAGUUAAGUAAGUUGUGAAACACACAGGAAGCUGUUGCUGCAUGUAAUUUUUUUCCACGGAUAUCUUUUCAUCCCUUUUUGACAAGGCAAAAGCUUACCAUUUCUGCUUCCAGUUUUGCAGAAAAACAAAAUUAGUUGUGUUUUCUCCCAACAGACUGAGAGGACAUUCUAAAUCAGAUAGACAUAUAUAUAUAUAUAUAUAUAUAUAUACAUAUAUAUAUAUAUAUAUAUAUAUAAACA